GUCAACAUCUUCUCAACUGCGACCAACGUCGAUUCAGCACUUCCCUUUCCACUUCGUUCUGAACCCUGUACAUAUCGCCUUCUGCUCCUUUUCUUCUCGACAGCAGCCUUCGUGUAUUACUACCGAUCUCCGUAGACGUGUUCCGGUCUCAUCCCCUACGAGUACCAGCGCGCAAGGAUGCCCGACCUCUCUCACUAAAUUAUCCGCGCGCCAACCUACUUCCGGCUGCCUCCUCUCGGCGCAGGCGCAAAGACCCUCACUCCCUAUAUCGCCAUGGUAUCUCAUUCGAUACAGGACCGGACGAACGAGUUCCGCACCAUCCUAGCCCAAGCACAGAAGAGACAGUCUGCCACAAAAGGGGGCCCUCAAAGGCAGUCCCUAUUAAAUGAAGCACAGAAAAGAGAAGCAAAUGGCACACCCAACGGGCCUUCAAGAGGUUCGAGGUCUGAAUUUGCUCGCAAUGCUGCCCAGAUUGGACGUGGCAUCACCGCCACUAUGGGAAAACUGGAAAGACUCGCCCAGCUUGCAAAGAGAAAAGCCAUCUUCGAUGACCGGCCAGUCGAAAUCUCCGAGCUCACCUACGUUAUCAAACAAGAUCUAGCCAGUCUGAAUUCCCAGAUCUCAGCACUUCAACAUCUGACACAAUCGCAACAUCCCACCGCAUCCCUCCCACGAUCCGCGGAUCAAGAAGGCCAGCAUAACAAGAAUGUCGUCCUCAUGCUACAGAACAAAGUGACAGACGUCGCUGCAAAUUUCAAGGAUGUGUUAGAAGUGCGGACAAAAAACAUCCAGGCCUCAAGGUCAAGGACAGAGAACUUUGUGUCAUCAGUCUCCGCACGUUCUCAGACACAUUUGGAUGAUACGAGAUCCGAGUCACCAUUGUACCAGAAUUCCAGUCGACAAAGGACGCCGCAAACGUCUACGAAUGACCUGUUGACCCUGGAACCCUCGAAUACGUCCACAUUGAUGAGAAACGGGCCGCAGUCGGAACAUCAGCUAUUACUGAUGGAAGAAGCCCAGCCGACAAACAUGUAUAUUCAAGAACGAGGUCAAGCCAUCGAAGCAAUUGAACGGACGAUCAACGAGCUAGGUGGUAUUUUUGGACAGCUCGCCAGUAUGGUCUCUGAACAGGGUGAAAUGUUGCAACGGAUAGACGCCAACACUGAGGAUGUGGUUGAUAACGUUCAGGGUGCCCAGCGGGAGCUCUUAAAGUAUUGGAACCGAGUACAAGGGAACCGCUGGCUUGUGGCCAAAAUGUUCGGUGUACUUAUGAUAUUCUUUCUAUUGUGGGUGUUAAUAUCUGGCUAAAUGCUCAAAGCGACAGCCGUAAGAUGCUCGGCACACCGAAACUUCUCUCUAGAAGGGAUUUUAGAAUAUGAAAGAUCUGUCAUCCGGGAAUCACGAAAGCUUUACAGUUAUUUUGACUUAAGCUGCUGACCGUGAUAGCAUGGCGAACCUCGUGAGGAAGGAGAUGAAUUCUCAAAGAUCAGCCAGUUCCCAUCAGAUAAAGGUCGCCACCCGGCUCCUGACUUUGGCGGACAUCAAGCAUAUUUCAGCGAUCAUGUGGAAUAUGAACUCCAGGAAGUCGAAGAAUACUUGAUUGCCUUCGUCUACAGGGCUGUAUCUUGGCAGAGCGAAGAUGCAACUUUCCAGGGAUCUUGGACGGACAUAGACCGCCAUGGCUGGGUCCCGUCGGUUCUUUCUAUCGUAAAUGCGUGCAUGGUACUUUGAGCGUAGGAAAGACAGUCGCGGACCAACAUUGGACCUGGACCGUGGUAUAUUCGAGGUCGAUUUAAUCAAGGAGACAGUUCUACAACUGGCGCAUAAUCUUGACAUUAUUAUUUCAUGGGUAUCGCUUGGCUGUAGUCGACUUUUCAUGGCUCCAA